AGCUUCCUGGAAGAGGAUGAGGAAGCGCCGGUAGUGGUAGUGAGGGGGAAGAGAAGGAGAAGCCCCGCCUCUCAGGCGGUCUUGCAGCCGCCCCUGCCCCUGCCCUUCCUGCCGCCGCAGCCGGGUAAGGGCGGAGCGCUUGGUAUGUUCUCUUUGUGAACUCCUUCGUGCUACCCUGGGAAUGGUGGCAGAGUUUCAGCUUCUAUCCGCCUAAUGUUAGCGCCGGGAAAUAGGUUCCAAAUAACCGUGGUUAUUUGGUGAGCGGGCGGCGUGCCCUUGCAGGCAGCAGGGCCCAUGGUAUCAUUGGGAAGAGCACUGCCAGCAAGUCGAGGGAGGUGAUCAUUCCGCUCUACUCAGCCCUGGUAAGGCACAUCUGGAGUGUUGUGCCCAUUUCUGGGCUCCUUGAAACAGGAGAAACAUGGAGCUCCUGGAGAGCAUCCCACAGAGGGCACCAAGGAUGAUUCGAGGUCUGGAGCAUCUCUUAUGAGGAGAGACUGAGGGAGCUGGGCCUCUUUAGUGUGGAGAAGACUGAGAGGGGAUUUCAUUAAUGCAUGUAAAUAUCUCAAAGACAGGUACUAAGGGCAUGAUGCCAGACUUUUCGGUAGUGCCCAGCAGUAGAACAUGGUGCAGUGGCCAUAAACUAAAGCACAAGAAGUUUCACCUCAGCAUGAAGGAGAUCUUUACAUUGAGGGUGGCAGAGCACGGGAACAGCUGCCCAUGGAGUUUGUGGAGUCUCCCUCUCUGGAGACUUUUUCAGAUCCCAGCUGGACACCUUCCUGUGUCACCUUCUCCAGGUGACUCUGCCCUGGCAGCUGGUUGGACAGGAUAAUCUCCAGAGGUCCCUUCUAACUCUAAUGGUUCUGUGAUUACCUGACUUAGCCAUUGUUUGAGUUAUUGCUCUGCCUACAGCAUCCAGGUAGGAGGUGUCUUGGUGAGCUUUUCGUGUGCCUUGUAGGUGGCUUUUUACGGAUGAGCAUUGUUGUGGGGUCAUACAGCUGUGAGCUUUAAACACACUUCAUGGAAAUGAAGUUUCAGUUUCGUGCUGGUUUCAGUAUAAAUUGAACUACUGUUGAUGUAAAAAGGCCACGGGGCCUCUUUGCAGCCUUAUACUCAAAUGAGAAUAAUUCUAUAUGUUUAUCUUUGUGGGAAUUGUUUAGCCUUUGGUACUGGAACAGUCUUAUUUGUUUGUGUGCAUGCAAAUCUGCAGCAUCAUGGCAUCACAAACUUAGGUGAUGACUAAUAAGUGAAGAGAGUAGUUCCCAAAAUAUGACAAAAUGUACUGUGAAGUUAUCAAAGCACCACGCUCCCUGAUUCUAGUAGGGUAAUAGUGUGACAUAAUUGGCUAUUCACUGUUUCAAGUGAAUGGAAAUUUCAAGCACAGAUGUGCUGCUUAUGGAAAAUGUAAUUCCAUAUCACAUUUCCAGCUUGUCCCAUAGUCUUGCUUCCCUGUUUAUCUUCAAAACCACAGAGCUUAAGAUGACUCUUUAUAGUGUCCAUACAAGAAGGAUGCUGAAAUGGAGAGUAUGUGGCUAUUGUUUUGGGUUUUUUUGUUGUGGUUUGUUUUUUUUGGUUUUUUUUUUCUUAUUUAGUAUCUUCCAAUGAACACAAGUUAAACUUCAAGAAGAGCAAGGAAACGUGUUUAAGUUACAUUCAGGAUGCCUUGCUCCAAAAGCAGUGGAAAAGGGCUGCAGAAUUCCUGACCUGCUAUGUUGAGUCACUAGAGAAGGACUAUUCCAGAGAACACAUUGGUCCGUCAGAGAUCCUUGACACAACAGAAGAAGACUUGGCUUGCUAUAACUUCACUCUAUCAGCAGUGUAUCUAUGAAAAGUCAAAGUAGUCCUCUAAAAUGGGAAAGCAGUAACUGUGUUUGGUUCUGGCAUGUCAUCAUUCAGAAUCUGUUUGCAAAUGAUUUGGAGAAUAGGGACUGAAAUAUUGUGGCAUCAUUCCCAAAGCAGCAUGAAAGAAUUCAACUGUUUCAUGGAACAGAUGAAAACUUUAGGAGUAAAAAGGUACUUGAAGGUCUGCUUGGAGCAUGUCUUCCAUCUCCUCUGUAAUGGACAAAUAGAUGAAGCCUAUCAGAACCUGUCCCUGGCAGAAAGCUGGAGGUUUGGAGAGCAAACAGCUAUUCAGGAUAAGGAAAUGAAGCUGAUUCAGGCUUACAGGGGACUCUUAGACUACUGUAGCUGGUCUAAGCAGAAGAAAAUCCUGUUAGAGCAUGGUGAGGAUGGAUUUGCAGAAUUAACUAUUGAGCAGGAAAUGCACGGUUACUUCCGGAAGGCAGCAGUGAACUUGAAGGAAAUUAUUAAAAUACCUGGAGUCUGGGAUGUCUUUGUGAAAUGCUAUGUGGAUUUGCUGGAGUUCUAUGGAGACCACAAUGAGGCCCGCCAAGUGUUAAAUGAAUAUGCCUACAACUCAAAGUUCCCUGCUAACCCCAAUGCCCAUGUCUACCUCUAUCACUUCCUCAAGAGGCAGGGUGAAUCAAAGAAAUCCCUCAUAUCUGCACUGAAGAUCUUGCAUGAUAUUGUUCCUUCUCAUGAACUAAUGAUAGAUUUUAAUACCAUGCUUCAAAAAUCAAAGAAAAGAAAAAAACAUCAACUGGGCCUAGAAGUUAUUUUUGCAGCCUUGGAUUAUGCUGGCUGGAAAGAAAAUGCAAAAGCAUGGAGCUGUUUGGCAAGACAGGUGAAACAAAUUGUAAUCUCUGAGACGCAUCUUGACUGGAUCAAGCACGAGUGGAACUCCAGGAAGGACUGGUGGCCAGCCUUCCAUUUUAGCCAUUACUUGGCAAAAAGGAAUUGGCAGGGAAAUAAAAGCCUUUCAUAUGAAAAAGCUCUGGUGGCUGGAAUCCUACUGGGAAAGGAUUGCAAAUACUUUAAAUAUGUAUUGCACCAAGGCUGCAAAGCUCAGCUGAAAAGGUUUUGGAUGCUGAAGAAGUUUGUGACCAGGCACAAUCCUGUCUACCUGAGAAUAUCUGGUCGUCCAGAUUCCUCUGUUCAACCGUGAUGAGAAGGUGUCCCUAAGGUUCUUGGUACUUUUUUCUCUCUGUAAAACUGACUUUUGUGUUGGUGGUACUCCAAAACCCUAUUGACUCAGUACUAGACUUUUUUUAAAAUAUAUUUAUGUAAAAUCACUUUGGUUUGCCUUUAUUUUAUAAUAAAAUGAAUAUAAAUCAAGUGA